UUGUGCUUAGAAAUAAUUUAACAUUUUCAUUUAUUUAUUUAUGUUUCUUACAAUCCGAUUUUCGUCGUCUUGCUUGGCACUCACUCUCUGUAGCUAUUUCAGAUUUUCGAAGUCAAUUUACAUCUUAGGGUUUCGUUUUUUUUCUCCAUAAUAAUCUUUUUGUUAGGAUCCGAAUGAAUCUAGUUUAGCAAUGUCUGAGAAUAAUCACGUAGCAGAGCAAGAUUCGGAUUCGGAUCCUCAUUUGAGAACCCAAUCAAAUGGGGAUGCGGAAUCAACCAUUGAUACUUAUCAAGAUCAGCAGGUAACUCAUGUUGAUCUCAAAGAUGAAGUUUUGGAAGAACCUGAAGAUGGAAUAUCCACAGAUACUGCCAAAGAGGACAUGUUUGAAGAUUGCCCUGACGAGCUAAUUACGCUCGAUGGUAGGAUAAAGGAAGAAGAAGCUGUAGCUGAUGAACAUGAAGAUGAGAAGGAAGAGGAAAGUCCAAUUCUUCAUCAACAAGAGAGUCGUUUUGUUGAAUUUGACAAUGGUGCAGCGGGGGAGCUGGAACAGCUGCGUAUAAAGUUGGAGAAUGCUGUUGCUGAGAAAGAAAGUGUUGUGGAGGAAUACCAGGAACUUUUAUCUGCGAGGGACCGUGAGAUAGAGAAUCUAAAUGCGAAGGUUUCUGAAUUAGUGCUAUCCAAUGAGAGCUUGCAAGUUUCGUCACAAGCUCAGUUUGAAAAAGAUGGUAAUAUUGAUGUUGUGGUGGAUAAGAUGAUAUAUUCUCUUGCAACUGUUGUUAAUCGAGAGCGAGUAUCGGAUAAUUCUAGAAGUGGGAAAAUAUUUUAUAUCGAGGAAAGUACUGCACUUCUGAUUGAAAAGUAUAAUCAGUUUCUUUCUGAAAUUUAUCAACUCGGACAGUCGUUUUCUGAAGUUGGCUUGGGUACUAUAGCGAAUGAAUAUGGGAACAUACUUGUUGAUGCUCGGGGUGGGUUGCUAGAGCUCAAGAGAAAGGAAGAAGAAUUGGUUCAAAAACUGUCUCAUUUAGAAGAUGAAAAUCACAAGCUGGUUGAAGAGCUUGACAAGGAAAAGGUGAUAAUAGGGACAUUGACUACUCAGCUUGGAAAUGUAAAGGUAGAACUAGAGCAGGAAAAGGUUAAAUGUGCUAAUACCAAAGAAAAGCUUAGUAUGGCUGUGACAAAAGGAAAGGCCUUGGUCCAGCAGCGAGAUUCACUAAAGGCAUCGCUGGCUGGUAAAUCCAGUGAGCUUGAGAAAUGUCUAAUUGAACUGCAGGAGAAAUCAGCUUCACUAGAAGCUGCUGAACUUACUAAAGAAGAGUUGGCCCGGACUGAAAAUAUGGUUGCAUCCCUGAAUAAUUCAUUACAGCAAAAUCAUACAAUUUUUGAGCAAGUAGAAGAAAUCUUGUCUCAUGCCGAACUUGAUCAGCCUGAAAUGCUUGAUUUGCCAGAGAGACUAAGAUGGCUUGUGGAUGACAGAAAUAAACUUAAGGGCACCUUCUUGGAACUACGCAAAUUGAAGGAUUCUCUAUCUCUAUUAGACCUACCAGAGUCUGUUUCAUCAUCUGAUCUGGAAUCACAAAUGAACUGGUUUAUAGAUUCUUUUCGUAAGGCCCACAAUAAUAUUUAUGCUCUACAUGAAGAAGUUUCUACAAUCAAGGAAGCAUCCAUAAAUCAUAUUGAUCAGAUGAGUAUUUCACUUUUGGUGGACUCACAAGAAAAAGAUUACCUUCAGGCUGAAUUAGCAGAUAUGAGGUUUGAAUAUGGAGAGCUUGUUGGCAAGAACCAUCAGAUUUCUUUGGAGAAGGAUCAGAUAGUGAAAAUGUUAAUUGAUUUUUCCGGUCUAAACAUGAAUGAUGAAGGAAUUGAUCAAUUCUCUUCCACCACUUUGAUGAUCAUUGACUUAUGUUUUCAAAAAUUGAAAGGACAGAGUGGUUCUCUCUCCAAAGCAUCUCAUAUUGAUUCCGCAUUGUUUGAAAAGAUUCAAAGUCUCCUGUAUGUCAGGGAUCAGAGCUUAAUGCUGUACGAAGACAUACUUGAAGAAGAUUUUCUAAUUAGAUCUGAUGUGAAUAAGCUGUCAAACGAGUUAAAAGUGGUAUCUGAGGAAGUUAUAGCACUGAAAGAAGAAAGGCGUUCUCUGCUGAAAGAUCUUGAACGAUCAGAGGAAAUUCAAAGUCUCCUGUAUGUCAGGGAUCAGAGCUUAACGCUGUAUGAAGACAUACUUGAAGAAGAUUUGCUAAUUAGAUCUGAUGUGAAUAAGCUGUCAAAUGAGUUAAAAAUGGUAUCUGAGGAAGUUAUAGCACUGAAAGAAGAAAGGAAUUCUCUGCUGAAAGAUCUUGAACGAUCAGAGGAAAAGACUGGCAUGCUUAGGGACAAGUUGUCCAUGGCAGUUAAGAAAGGAAAGGGAUUAGUUCAAGAUAGGGACAAUCUAAAAGGUCUUAUAAAUGAAAAGAACUCAGAGAUUGAGCAGUUGAAGGUUGAUUUGCAGAAGCAUGAAUCUGCAGUUUCUGAAUACAAGGAUGAGAUCAAGAGAUUGUCCAGUGAUUUGGAAAGCAUUCCUAAACUAGAGAAUGAUCUUCUCGAAAUAAAAAAGGAAAGGACUCGGUUUGAACAGUUUUUGAUGGAGAGCAAUAACAUGUUGCAGAGAGUGAUGGAAUGCAUUGAUGGCAUCGUUCUUCCAGUUGAUCCAGUUUUUGGCGAACCUAUAGAAAAGGUGAAGUGGCUUGCUGGUUUUGUCAAUGAUUGCCAAGAUGCUAAGGUGCAUGUAGAGCAACAGUUGCAGUUAGUUAAGGAGGAAGCCAGUAUACUUGAAGUUAAAUUGGCAGAAGCCCAAGAAACUGUGAACUCCCUUGAGCAAAGAUUAUCUUCUUCAGAGGAUACUGUUUCUCAACUUGCUGAAGAAAAGACAGAGUUAGAACGCGAGGGAGAAAAAGUUGUGGAAGAGUUGCAGAGUGUUAAAGAAAAAGUUGCUGAAGCUCGCAGUACUAAUAAGCUACUUGAAGAUGCUUUAUCACAGGCAGAAAAAGAUAUUUCUGUGCUUUCUGAAGAGAAAGAGCAGGCUCAAGUAUCUAGAGUUGCUGCAGAGACAGAGUUAGAGAGAUUUAGAGACGAAGCAGUCAGGCAGACAGGAGAACUAGCAGAGGCCAGCAGAACAAUAAAGGAUCUAGAAGUUGAACUAUCUCAGGUUGAGAGUAAGGUCAAUUUGUUGACUGAAAAGUAUAAUGCUGAUCAAGUUGUCAAGACUGAUCUGGAAAAUGAAUUGAAGAAGCUGCAAGAUGAAGCAGCAAAUGAUGCUAGCAAAUCAGUUGCUGCAGAGACAGAGUUAGAGAGAGUUAGAGCUGAAGCAGUCAGGCAGACAGGAGAACUAGCAGAGGCCAUCAAAACCAUAAAGGAUCUAGAAGUUGAACUAUCUCAGGUUAAGAGUAAGGUCGAUAUUUUGACUGAAAAGUGUAAUGCUGAUCAAGUUGUCAAGACUGAUCUGGAAAAUGAAUUGAAGAAGCUGCAAGAUGAAGCAGCAAAUGAUGCUAGCAAAUCAGUUGCUGCAGAGACAGAGUUAGAGAGAGCUAGAGCUGAAGCAGUCAGGCAGACAGGAGAACUAGCAGAGGCCAUAAAAACCAUAAAGGAUCUAGAAGUUGAACUAUCUCAGGUUGAGAGUAAGGUCGAUAUUUUGACUGAAAAGUAUAAUGCUGAUCAAGUUGUCAAGACUGAUCUGGAAAAUGAAUUGAAGAAGCUGCAAGAUGAAGCAGCAAAUAAUGCUAGCAAAUCAGUUGCUGCAGAGACAGAGUUAGAGAGAGUUAGAGCUGAAGCAGUCAGGCAGACAGGAGAACUAGCAGAGGCCAUCAAAACCAUAAAGGAUCUAGAAGUUGAACUAUCUCAGGUUGAGAGUAAGGUCGAUAUUUUGACUGAAAAGUAUAAUGCUGAUCAAGUCGUCAAGACUGAUUUGGAAAAUGAAUUGAAGAAGCUGCAAGAUGAAGCAGCAGAUAAUGCUAGCAAUUCAGUAGGUUCCUCUGCACCUAUAAGAUCACUGGAAGAUGAAUUGUUGAAGGCUCGAGAUGAUAUUUCUACCCUAGAAAAUGCAAAUGAAAUUGCCAAACAGGAAAUAUCUUCGCUCAGUUCAAAGUUAAGUUCAUACAUGGUUGACUUAUCAGGAAAGAAUGGCUGCUUAGGUACCAAAUCCCUAGCGCUCCUUACAUCCUUUAAUUAUCUUCAAGUGCUUAUUAGAGAUGAUACUCUAUUUCUCAAGAUAAAACAAUGCUUUGAGAGGAAAUGUGAGACCUUGAAGAAAGUGGAUCUCACUGUGAACAAAGUAAAUAACUAUCUUACCCUGGCUGCUAAGGAUUCCGAAGGGCACCUCGAGAUGGAGGAAGAUCCACCCGUAAGAAAAUCAUUUACUGGCAGCCUUGAAAAUUUUGAAGUUGAAAUGGACAAAGGAGAGACUAAUGGCAUUACUAUGGAGACCAUAAUCUCAUCAAUUGGAAAAAUUGCAGACGAAUUAACGUUGAGAAGCAAACAUAUUGCAGAUGCGUUUGAUGAAUAUUCGGAUUCUAUUGAUGAAUUUCUUUCUCCUCUCCCUGGAAAACUACUGGAAACCGAGUCAAAUAUAAUGGCUAUUGUUGAGCACAUGAAAAUUAUGAAAGAAGAGGCAAAUAGCGUGGCAAAGUUGAACGAAGAAAAGGAUAAUAUUAUCGCCACUUUAGAGAAUGAUAUCAGUUUAUUGCUGUCGUCAUGCACUGAUUCUACCAGUGAACUUCAGAAUGAAGUUGACCAAAAUCUUGGGCAACUUGGCUCCACUUUUGAGGAUGAGAAGUUCAACCAUGAAGCAGAUGAACAAGUAGAACAUCAUAGAAACAGUAAAUAUGCAGAUGCAUCAAGAAAGUUGAUAAAUGCUUCUGGAAAAGUUCAAACUUUGAUUAGACAGUUCAAAUUGAAAAGUGAGCAAGUAGAUACAACAGUUAGAGAUUUGCAGGCCAAAUUAAAUGAAACAACAGUUGCUUUUGAAUUGGCUACAGAGGAGAAAGACUUCAAUAAGAACAGAGUUUUGCAGUUGGAGUCUGAUAUUCAAUCACUCGAAAUUGCUUGCAGUGAGCUUAAGGAUAAGGUAGAAGGUUAUCACGUCCUAGAAGAAAAAUUAAAGGAGAAAGAGGAAGAGAUUUCAUCAAUGCACAGUGCUUUGGUGGCAAAAGAAGAAGAAAGCUCCAUCCUCUCGGCAUCUCAGUUAAAAGAUAUCUUUGACAAGUUAGAUAGGAUCGAUAUUCCUAUUGUAGAGUCUGGAGACGAUUUGGAGCUACAUACUUCAGACCCUGUGAAGAAGCUCUCUUAUAUUAUUGAUAGUGUUACUAGGUUGCAUCAUGAAAUAAAUUCUCUGUCUCAUGAUAAAAAAGAGAUGCAAACAAUCCUUGAUACUAAGGUUCUUGAAAUUAAUGAUUUAGAGGAGGAAGUCAAACAACUCAAUAGACACUGUGAAGACUCAAAAAUGGUUAAAAGCGAACUUUUUGAACUAACCUCUGUCUUGGAAAAAAUUAUAGAUAUUUUGGGAGCCAACGACGACUGGGUUGUAGAUAGAAAAUCUAAAGGUGUUAGAGAAUUAUUGCCAGCGUUGGAAAAGCAUAUCAUUGCCAUUAUUUCGGAAUCUGAAAAUUCAAAAUCUAAGGCCCAGGAACUUGGUAUUAAAUUAGUUGGAAGUCAGAAGGUUAUUGAUGAGUUAACGACCAAGAUUAAGUUACUUGAAGAUUCAAUUCAAGAUAGGAACUCUCAGCCAGAAAUCGUCCAGGAAAGGAGCAUAUAUGAAGCACCCUUAUUACCUGCUAGCUCCGAGAUAACUGAAGUUGAAGAGGGAUCUCGUGGCAAGAAAGCAUUAUCUCCUGUCCCACCGGCUGCUCACUCACGUGUUAUGAGAAAAGGAUCUACUGAACAUCUUGCACUUGAUAUUAGUGUGGAGUCUGAUCAUUUAAUCAACAGUACUGAUACUGACGACGAUAAAGGUCAUGUAUUCAAGUCUCUGAACACUUCUGGAUUCGUACCGAAACAAGGAAAGCUCAUUGCCGAUCGUAUUGACGGAAUAUGGGUAUCUGGUAGCGGUGUUCUCAUGAGUCGGCCGAGAGCAAGAUUAGGACUCAUCGGCUAUCUGCUAAUCAUGCAUAUAUGGCUACUGGGGACAGUAUUGUAGAAAAACUGUGAUCUAUCCAAAUAUAGAAUGCUCAACACAUAAUGGCCUGCAUCUGCAAAUUCUAAUGUAGAUAUAGUAUCAAUGUCCAUUUGCCUCAUCAAGUUCUCCAUUAGUUCUCUGCAAUCACAUUUUAGGGAUUCAGAGAUUUUAGUUUUCAUGUUUGGCCUCAGUUUCUUACACUGUAUUAGCCCUACAUUUGUUUCAAUAUUAAGGAAUGUGUUAGAUAGAAAAUAGGUAGAUGAAUUUUUUGCACUUGUUAGUAGUAUAAUAAAAAUGUAGAAAGAUUAUUAUAGUGACUAAAUUGUUUUUCAAGCAAUGAAUAAAAUAUAUUAUAUUAAUACCA